AUUUUAAACAAUUAUAAAACAUAUCAACAAGUAAACUAAAAUAGAAUCAACAAGUAAAACAAAAUAAGUUUGGGUAAACUAUAUCAAAAAAGUACAUCCCUCCAGAUGGUUUUAUCCAUUGUGGUAGCCCUUGCCCCUGUAUUAAAGACUGCCUGAAAAUGUGCUUAUUUUCUAGGCCAUAAGUGACCAAAUGUAUAAUUAAUAAUUAAUACAAAUUAUUUAUUGAAAGGUAAAGUAUUAUUUAAUUUAAUGUACACUUAAAUGUAUUGUAAACUGAUUAAAUCAUAUUUUCGUUCACAUUAAUUGAUUGUCAGUACAUUAAGCAGUAUGAUUUAACUAUAUUUUAAAUAAACUAGAGGCAACAUAAUUUAGAUUUUAUAUUUAGUUUUUCUUCCCAUUCCUCCUUAUGUGCUUCACGCUCCAUUCCAGUAGAUGGCGGAAGUGGUUUACCAAACAACCGCCAUCGUAAAAGAAGAAGACGUAGUUGUUGACAGAUCUCCUAGAAUGGAGUUGUUGUAAUAAAGUGCUUUUUAUCAUGUCAAGACGGUGUUAUUUUCACCCCGACUGCAGUUCUCCUAUAUAUGGCCUUCCUAAAAAUAACAAAAUUAGGGAGCAAUGGUUAAAUUUUAUUUUUAACUCGAGUUCUGAACAUAACAACCCCAACAUAUUUCUCUGUGAUGCGCAUUUUACGGCGGACAGCUUCAUUAAUCGUGAAGAGUACAAUGCUGGUAGCGCAAAAAUGCUUAUUCUGAAAAAUGAAUCCGUUCCCACUUUAACAGGACAACUUGCUAAUAAUGGACAAAAACCAGAUGUGGAUUGUUUUGAAUCUUCAGUGUAUGUGACUGAUGGGAACUCCUCAGAAAGUCUGGAUUCAGUGAGCAUCCACCAAGAUCAGGCACUGAUGGACAAACAUCUCUCUGAAGAGACAUCUGGUCCAACACAGGAAUCAGAACUCAGUCUCAAUUUACUUUGUUAUAGCGAAUCAGACAGUGAUCAGGAGGAUGAAUCUACUGAACAAACCAUCAAAGAGUCUCAUGAUAUUGUUUAUAACGCUGAAGAACAGCAGGAGAUCCUGCAGACCACAGUGAAGACGUGUUCAGUCCAACUGAAGGACUGCAAGAACCUGAUGGAGAUAAAAAUAGAAACCAAAGAAGAGGAAGAUGACACUGAGAAUGAUGAAGAUGAUGUAGAAGAUGAUGAUAAGCGUUAUGAUGAUGAUGAUGAUCAAUCUACUUCUUCAGAUGAGAUCAAUGAAUCUUCCGAUGAAGAAAAAGCACACACGUGUCCAUACUGCAAGAAGAUAUUUUCCGAUACGUGGAAGGUUAAGUUACAUUUGCGUCUACAUACCAAUGAAAACCGGUAUCAAUGCAGUAUAUGCGGGAAAACCUUUAAGCUUUCAAGUUCUUUAAAGUCACACGAAAAAAUACACAGUGAUGAGAAACCCUUUCCAUGUUCACACUGUGAUAAACGUUUUAGGAAUAAAUAUAAUCGAAAAGAGCACGAGAAAGUUCACACUGGAGAGAAACCGUACCUGUGCCAACACUGUGGGAAGAGCUUCUCUAAAUCCGCUGGUUUAAAAGAUCAUCUAAGAGUUCACACCGGAGAAAAACCUUAUCACUGUUCUCAAUGUGGAAAGAACUUCGCUCAUCCCCAGGCCUUUACGCUUCAUCGGCGCGUUCACACUGGAGUUAAACCUUAUCCGUGUAAUGUUUGUGGGAAGAGUUUCACUCGACGGGACAAUUUAGCGACACAUCAGAGAAUUCAUACGGGAGAAAAACCUUACAAGUGCACUAAAUGUGAUUUGGGAUUUACACAAGCAGUUCUUCUGAGACUCCAUCAGAAAAAACAUCAUGGAGGGAAAUCUUAA